AUGGAGCUCAACGACAGCCUCGUGGACCUCCUCCUCUGCCCCGACGAUGGACCCAACUCUACGACGCUCGGCAGCGUUGGCUACAACUAUAGCUCAUUUCUAAUCGUCAUUGUCCUCAUCUUCAUGAUAUCUAACAACGGCAAUUCCAGAGUGCGUGGCCCCGGUGACAGCAACAACAACGACAACAACAGCAGCAAUGACAAUGGUGACAGAGGAGAUGCCAACAACAACAGUGUUCCGUCAAGCGGGAGAGGUUCCUCCUUGUUGAUGGGAAAUGGUUCACUUGCAGCUUUUGAUGGAGUUGAGGGAUAUUCAUCUCUAGACACUGAUCACUGGAAGGAAGCAGUACGCACUAAGAUAGAUUCUAUUAUUUCUAAUGGUACUUGGGAAGUUGUCGAACAUCCAUAUGGUUGCAAACUCGCUGGAUACAAUUGGGUUUUCAAGAAGAAGCUUAUGCCUGAUGGUACAAUUGAAAAUUACAAGGCAAGGCUUGUAGCCAAGGGUUAUGCACAAAAAGAAGGCACCGCUCUAAUAGGCCUCUAUAGUGACCCCGACUGCACGGUGCUAAGCGACAGCCUCCUCGGCCUCCUCUUCUUCCCCGAUGAUGGACCAGGAUCUACAGCCCUAGGCGGUGAUGACUACAACUCUUGUUCAAUCAUCAUCGUCCUCGUCUUCAUGAUGUCCAACAACGGCGAUUCCAGCGCGCGUGGCCCCGCCGACGGCAACAACGACAACAACAACAACAAAAGCGAUGACAACGGUGACAGAGGAGACGGCAACAACAACAACGUUCCGUCAAGUCAGAGAACAGAUACGUUCUCAGUGUAA